UCCCGAGGCCCCGCGGCGCCUCCUUCUGCGGACUCUGCGGGACCCUCCCCGGCAGGCGCUGUGCCCUGGAGAAGGCACAGCGGCGCAGGCAUGGCCGCGGGGGUGGCGGCGCGGAAGGCAGCGCCGGUGCUGGAGGCCCCCCCGCAGCAGGAGCAGCUCUCUCAUACAAAGCUUUCUGCAGAAGAUACAUGGAACCUGCAGCAGGAGAGGAUGUACAAGAUGCACCAGGGCCACGAUUCCAUGCACGUGGAAAUGAUCUUGAUCUUCCUCUGCGUUCUGGUCAUUGCCCAGAUAGUGCUGGUUCAGUGGAGACAGAGGCAUGGCCGAUCCUACAACCUGGUGACCUUGUUGCAGAUGUGGGUUGUCCCCUUAUAUUUCACGAUAAAAUUAUACUGGUGGAGGUUUCUGUCUAUGUGGGGGAUGUUCUCCGUUAUUACCAGUUACAUCCUCUUCAGAGCUACCCGAAAACCCCUCUCAGGAAGGACACCACGAUUGGUCUACAAAUGGUUUCUUUUGAUCUACAAACUCAGCUAUGCAUUUGGUGUUGUGGGUUACUUGGCGAUCAUGUUUACAAUGUGUGGAUUCAAUCUGUUUUUCAAAAUCAAAGCUAGAGAUUCCAUGGAUUUUGGCAUUGUGUCUUUGUUCUACGGCCUCUACUAUGGAGUAAUGGGGAGAGACUUUGCUGAGAUCUGCUCAGACUACAUGGCUUCCACUAUAGGGUUCUACAGUGUCAGCGGGUUGCCUACAAGGAGCUUAUCGGACAAUAUCUGUGCAGUCUGUGGGCAGAAGAUCAUUGUGGAGCUUGAUGAAGAAGGGCUCAUUGAAAACACCUACCAGCUUUCCUGUAAUCAUGUCUUUCAUGAAUUCUGCAUCCGAGGUUGGUGUAUCGUUGGGAAAAAGCAGACUUGCCCUUACUGCAAAGAGAAAGUGGAUUUGAAGAGGAUGAUCAGUAAUCCAUAUCCUUUAAAACAAAAAGAUGGGGUCAUGCUACAUUGCUCCAGCUGGUCUCAAACUCCUGGCAUUAAGCAAUCAUCCUGCCUCAGCUUCCCACAGUGCUGGGAUUACUUUACCCUUAGUAACUUUAAUUUCCAGUGAAAACUAUAAAGCAAACAAUUGUGAACUGUCACACCAGCAUUCUGUACAUUGACAUAUCUAUGAACUGUAAUUUGUAGAAGCAUGUGCCUUCUCAUGGUAUAAUUUUUCAAUGUGACAGAAAACACAUUUGGUAACAGACCUAACUAUCUUUAGUCUCUCUGUAAUAAGCAAAUUCAGUGAAAUUGUAGUAUACAAAAUCAACAUACAAAAAUCAGUAGCAUUUGUAUAUGCCAACAGUGAACAAUCUGAAAAAGAAAUCAAGAUAGUAAUCUCGUCUACAGCACCUACAAAUAAAAUACCCAGGAAUAAACUUAAUCAAAGGAGUAAAAGAUCUCUACAAUGAAAACUAUAAACACUGAUGAAAGAAACACUAUAAACACUGAUGCAAGAAAUUAAAGAGGACACCAAAAAAUGGAAAGAUAUUCCAUGUUCAUGGAUUGGAAAAAUCAAUAUUGUUAAAAUAUCCUUACUACCCAAAGCAAUCUAUAGAUUUAAUGCAGUUCCUAUCAAAAUACCAAUGACAUUCUUCACAGAAAUAUGUUAAUAAAAUAUAAUCCUAAAAUUUACAUGAAAACACAAAAGACCCAGAAUAGCCAGAGCUUUUCUAAGCAAAAAGAACAAAACUGGAGGAAUCACAUCAUCUGACUUAAAAUUAUACUACAGAGCUAUAGUAACUAAAACAGAAUGGUACUGGCAUAAAAACAGACACACAGAACAACAGAACAGAAUAGAGAACCCAGAAACAAAUCCACACAUCUACAGUGAAUUCAUUUUCAAUAAAAGCGUCAAGAACAUACAUUGCAGAAAGGACAGUCUCUUCAACAAAUGGUACUGGGAAAAGUAGAUAUCCAUAUGCGGAAGAAACUAGACCCCUAUAUCUUGCCAUAUACAAAAAUAAAAACAAAAUAGAUUAAAGACUUAAAUCUAAGACAUCAAACUAUGAAACUAUUAAAAGAAAACAUUAAGAAAACUCUCCAUGACAUUGGUCUGGGCAAAGAUUUCUUAAGUCACACCCCAAAAGCAUAGGCAACCAAAGCAAAAAUGAGCAAAAGGGAUCACAUCAAGUUAAAAAGUUUCUGCAUAGCAAAUCAAAUAAUCAACAAAGUGCAGAGGCAAUACACAGAAUGGGAGAAAAUAUUCACAAACUAUCCAUUUGAAAGGGGAUUAAUAACCAGAAUAUAUAAGGAGAUCAAAUAACUCAAUAGGAAAAAAUCUAAUAAUCCAAUUUUUUAAAUGGGCAAAAGAUCUAAAUAGACAUUUCUCAAAAGAAGGCAUAUGAAUGGCAAACAGAUAUAUAAAAAGGUGCUCAACAUCAAUGAUCAUCAGAGAAAUGCUAAUCAAAACUACAAUGAGAUAUCAUUUCACCCCAGUUAAAAUGGCUUUUAUCCAAAGACAGGCAAUAAAAAUGCUGCAAGGAUGUGGAGAAAACAGAACCCUUGUACACUGUUGUUGGUUGGGAAUGUAAAUUAGUACAACCACUAUGGAGAACAAUUUGGAGGUUCCUCAAAAGACUAACAGUAGAGCUACCACACAAUCCAGCAAUCCCACUGCUAGGUAUAUACCCAAAAUAAAGGAAAUCAAUAUAUCAAGGAGAUAUCUGCACGCCCAUGUUUAGUGCUGCACUAUUCACAGUAGCCAAGAUUUAGAAGCAAUCCAAGUGUCCAUCUACACAUGAAUGGAUAAAGAAAAUGUGGUACAUAUAUACAAUGGGGUACUAUUCAGCCAUAAGAAAGAAUGAAAUUCUGUCAUAUAACAACAUGGAUGGAACUGGAGGAUAUUAUGUUAAGUGAAAUAAGGCACAGAAAGACAAACAUCCCAUGUUCUCGCUUAUUUGUCAGAGCUACAAAUUAAAACAAUUGAACUCAUGGAGAUAAGAGAGUAGAAGGAUGGUUAACAGAGGCUGGGAAGUGUAGUUGGAGGUGCAGGGGGAUUUGGAUGGUUAAUGGGUACACAAAUAUACUUAGAUAAAAUGAAUAAGAUUUAUUCUUUGAUAGCAAAACAGGGUGACCACAGUCAACAUUAUUGUACAUUUUAUGAUAACUAAAAGGUUUAAUUGGAUUGUUUAUAACACAAAGAAAGGAUAAAUGCUUGAGGUAAUGGAUACCCCUUUUACCGUGAUGUUAUUAUUAUCCAUUGUAUGUCUGUAUCAAAAUAUCUCAAGUGCCCCAUAAAUAUAUACAUCUACUAUGUAUCCACAAAUAUUAAAAAUAAAAAUACAAAAGUAAAACAUACACAGGAUUCUCUUAGUUUGUCUAGCUAUUGUAGCUUUAAAAAAUAUGUGCCUGUUUGCCUUAAGCAGCUUUUCUUCUUUGUCCACUGUUGGGAACAGGCCCCCAAAUCUGGCCAUAAACUGGCCCCAGAUCUUGCCAUAAACAAAAUCUCUGCAGCACUGUGACAUGUUUGUGAUGGCCAUGACACCCACACUGAAGGUUGUAGGUUUACUGGAAUGAGGGCAAGGAACACCUGGUCCACCCAAGGUGGAAAACCACUUAAGGCAUUCCUAAGCCACAAACAAUAGCAUGAGCGAUCUGUGCCUUAAGGACAUGUUCCUGCUGCAGAUAUCUAGCCAGAGCCCAUCCCUUUGUUUUGGCCCAUCCCUUUGUUUCCUGUAAGGAAUACUUUUAGUUAAUCUAUAAUCCACAGAAAUAAUGCUUAUCACCGGCUUGCUGUCAAUAAAUACGUGGGUAAAUCUCUGUUCGGGGCUCUCAGCUCUGAAGGCUGUGAGUCCCCUGAUUUCCCACUCCACACUCUA